CUCCCCGCCGCCGUCGGGCCGCAACCGAGGGGAUGGAGCCGGACCCUCCAACUCCAAUGGCGGCGGGCGCCGGGCUGCGGUGACGUCAGCGCCGAGAACGCGCGGGGCACGCCGGGAAGGGGCAUGCGCGGGCGGCGGGGCCGAGCGCGGCCUUCGGGGUUUCCGCUCCUUCUCCCGCUCAUCUCCUCCGUCUCCUCCCCUCACUGCGGCCAUGUAGGAGCUCCUUGGCCCGCAGGCUCACCCAAGGCGCUGAGCGGGGCUGGUCUCCCCUCACAGCCGACCCUCAGGCGUUGCGGAUCCGGCCCCUGCGCCAGUAGGAGCUGCAGCGCGGAUCCUCUGGUCCCCGCCAGCCUGGCUGAAGCUGCGCUCGCCGUGGUUUCUUAUCCGAACGAGGACAUGGGGGACAUGACGCCGGCGGAGGAGCUGGAGCCUGGGGCUGCGUCCUGCCAGCUGUUUGACCCCAGCAUGAGGAGCGAGGCGAGAAGGCUGAGGACUUUUUGGCAAUGGCCACACACCGCCCCUGUGUCUGCUCGAGAUUUAGCCAAGGCUGGCUUCUUCUUCGUGGGUCCGAGAGAUCAAGUGCAGUGUUUCUGCUGUGGUGGUGUCCUGAUGGACUGGGGACCCGGCGACUGCCCGGUAGCAGAGCACCUGAAGUUCUUCUCGUCUUGUAAAUUCAUUCGUGGUGAGGAUGCUGGGAACCAAGAGAUGUUUCCUCUCCAGGAAAUCUUUGACACUGUGGAUGGGCAGUUCCUCAGUCUUCUGCAGGGGAUAGAUAGUGAGGAGGCAGCCCCACAAAACCCCGAGAUGGUGACAGAGGAGAUGAGACUAUCAACGUUUCGGAAUUGGCCCCAAUAUAGUGACAUGCACCCGGAGCAACUGGCUAGAGCAGGGUUCUUUUAUACAGGACAAGGUGAUGUAGUGAAGUGUUUUUACUGUGAUGGAGCUGUGAGGAACUGGUCGUUCAGAGAUGAUCCUUGGAGGGAACAUGCCAAAUGGUAUCCAGAGUGUGAAUUUUUAUUGCGAUCAAGGGGGAGAGAAUUUGUUAGCAGUGUUCAGGAGGCCUUUUCUAGCACCCUGAUAUCUCCAAGAGAUUCCUGGGAUCAGAUUGAACAAGAUUCUUCUGCUCUCCAAGAUCCUUGGAGGGACUGGGUAUUGCAUGAUCUCAUAAUGCAGAAUGUCCUGCAGAUGGGCUUUGACCCCAUGUGGGUGGCUAAUCUGAUGCAGAAUAAGUGUGCGCUGACGGGGACUGCCUACCUGUCUGUGCCUGAGCUGAUCUCUGAUCUGCUCCAGUCAGACUGGGAGGAGAGCAGCAGAGCCGAGGAACGCAGAGGUGCUGUUCAGAGAGAGACUGAAACAUCAAGUUCAACAGAAGAAAUGCGAUCUGUGCAGCAAAAGGAAUCAGAUGAGUCUUGGAUGAGUACAGAAGAACAGCUCCGCCUGCAAGAGGAAAGGAUGUGCAAAGUGUGCAUGGACAGAGACGUGUCUGUUGUGUUUGUUCCUUGUGGCCACCUGGUAACUUGUGGAGAAUGUGCCUCCAAUUUGAGGUUGUGUCCCAUCUGCAGAGCUGUCAUCCGGGAAAGCGUGAGGACUUUUAUGUCCUGAACCGUGAUGAGCCUAAAGGGAAAGAUAAGUCUAUACAACUCAUUCAUAACACUGCAGAGAAAGAAAAUAAGUAAAUAGUUAAUUGAUGCUGGAGCAAUCUUAUUUGCAGGGUAGCUUGGCAUAAGUGUAAAAAUUUACUAAAUGUGCCUCCUUUGCAUGGUGUUUCUAGUAAGAGCUGCUGGUUUGCUGUACUCUUGCUGAUCUUGCUUAGGACCGCUCCAGAAAAACCUCUGCUAGUUUCUUUUGUCCUCCAAAAAGAAGCUUUUGUUGACAGAUUCUCCUCCAAAUUCUUGCAUUCUACGAUGAAUCCCUGCUCUGUGUUGAAAUCAAGGGCUGUUUUCAGUAGGCUGUCUCUGGUUCUUUUUCUCUCAUUUAACAGUUGUUUAGAGAUUAUUCUGCUGGGGUUGAUGACUCCCUUCAGUAAGUCUGAGUUAAAAUGGGAGCACUUCUAUACAAAAUGCAUUCUGUUCAGACUAGAAUACUCAGCAGCAAUGUAUCAUGGGGGAGGGAAAAUCUGGUUUCUUCUGAGCUCUUUGCUGUCUCCCCCACCCCCUUUUGAAUUGUCAACAAUUGACAGAAUGUUUCAGUAAUGCUCAAAUCCACGUAACUAAGUGAAAAGCCUGCCUGUUGUAGACUCUGUGACCUUUAUUCUCAGCUGCCCGCCUCAGGUGGAACACGAAGGGCUCUUUGGUCAGGCGAUGAUCUCAAGGAAUCUUCUUGCAGAGCCUCUUCCCUGGCUGUUGGGUACUAUAAGAAUAUAACUAAGGAAAUUUAACUUUUAGGACUUUAGUGUGCUGGCUAAACUGAUGAUUCUUAUUUUAAAUAUCAUAUCACGUAGCCAAAAAGAGAAAAUUUUGUUAAUUCUAUAGCUUCUGAGCUGCAGGGGAAAGGGAAUAUGCGUGUUUUUAAAAUUAACUGUUGUUUUUAAUUGAAUAAAGAUCUUUCUUUUGUUCAUUUUA